UCGAUUAAUUAAUAUAAUUGUUAUAAUUUUCUUAUUUAUUAUGAGUGUGUCUCUUUCUCGAUUGUUUGGCUGUUGAAGUUGGGGCUCCCCAAACCAUUUCUACUGACUCCACAGCAAUUCAUCAUCCUUUCAUCACUAUUCAGGUUUACUGGAAUUGCAAAGUCAAGUGGCGCUAAGUGGCAUUUCAAUUCAAUGGCUAUUUCCAACGUUCACAUGCUUCAAUCUGCCAGAGGUUUCCAGAAGUGCAAUCUCUCCUUUUCAAGCCAUGGCUAUCCCAGAUGUGGUUACAGGACCAACCACUUAGCUUUUGCUUCUAUGCACACAUCUGACCCUAAGGUAGACUCAUUGUUGGACGGUAUAAAAUGGGAUGAUAAAGGUUUGGCUGUGGCAAUAGCUCAGAAUGUUGACACAGGGGCCAUACUAAUGCAAGGCUUUGCAAAUAGAGAAGCUGUGGCUACAACCAUAUCUUCUCGCAAGGCCACAUUCUUUAGCCGGUCAAGAUCAACAUUGUGGACCAAAGGAGAGACCUCUAAUAAUUUUAUCAAUGUCCACGACGUCUUUCUUGAUUGUGACCGUGAUUCUAUAAUAUACCUUGGGAAACCUGAUGGGCCUACCUGCCACACAGGGGCAGAAACAUGCUACUAUACACCAGUCUUUGACUUGUUGAAAGAGGAAGAGGCUGAAGGAAACAAAUUGGCAUUAACCUCUCUGUAUGCAUUAGAGUCAACAAUUACCCAACGUAAGGCAGAGUUAGCAGAAGAAGAAAAUGGAAAGCCUUCAUGGACAAAGCGGUUAUUGCUUAAUGAUAAGUUACUGUGCUCUAAAAUCAGAGAAGAAGCCAAUGAGUUGUGUCAAACACUAGAGAAUAAUGAGGACAAGUCACGCACUGCUUCAGAAAUGGCUGAUGUACUCUAUCAUGCAAUGGUUCUGUUGGCAUUGAAAGAUGUUAAAGUAGAAGAUGUUUUGCAGGUUCUGCGCCAGAGAUUUUCCAAGUCUGGUAUUGAGGAAAAGAGAAGUCGCACAACCCAGAAGCCGGUGGAAAAUUGAAUGUUCUUUGUCAAGGCUGUAGUUUAAACAACAUAUUUAGCUUCUGGUGUCAUAUUCCGAUGUACAAGUACGCAGUUGCCGUGUGACUGUGUCUGAGCAGGGGUAACUCUGGCACAUAUAGCAAACUGCAAGUCUGUAAUACCCUGAGUUGUUCUUCUCUUGUCUUAGUCAUUUAUUUGCCUAACUUAGAUUGUAAAACCUGUUUCCUCCUGUAAUGCUGUCGAUUUAUUGAUUUUA